CCUGCGCUUCCAGCCAGAAACCCCGGAACCGGAGCCAGCGGCCCGAGCGCACCGCGGCGGCUCUGCGCCAAGCGCGAGAGCGGAGCGCGUGACGAACAACGAAGAGACCAUGUUGCUGCGCACGCGACCGCCUCUUCUUCUUCUUCUUCUUGUUCUUUCUCGCCUUCUCGAGCGGGCCUUCGACGAUGCACGCAGUAAUAAUAAUCCCAUCGUCCCCUAAAUGGACUAACUGAUUAUCGCAGAUCAUCGCGGAGGGAAGCCGCCGUUCAGUGUCACGGAGGGGCUGCGAAAGGGGAAAAAACGGACGCGCGAGGCGGAUCUCAACGUCAAAUGACCAUAGUGGCAGAAAAUAAGCCGCCACGGUGGAGUCGGCCGGUGCUGCUCUUGUCCGAAAUAUGACCAGCGGCGCUCGCAAGCCUCGGCAGAGAGAUGACGGCUUAACGCACCGGCUUACACCGCGCGAGAACGAGCAGCAAUCCACAGAGUCCGAGCGGGCGCACCGAUGGCGGCUCUCCUUGGCGUCACUCGUCGUCUUUGCCGCGCUGCUCUCUGACCGGCCGCGCUUCUGCGCCGAGGCCAACCUCACCAGGAGCCGAGACGAGGAGCUGGCCAGGAUCGCUUCGCCUCGAGACGCCAUUUACGUUGGAAACACGAGUCACCCGGCGUGGAGACUGGAAACGUGCCGCGCGGACGGCGCGUCCAGGAGCUGCUUCACGUUCGCCGACGCGGACCACCUGUGUGCGGGCCUCUCGGGGCCAGACGUGAACCCGAGUGACUUGUACCUGUCGUUCUGCAACGCCUACUCGCUCAUGGAUUUGCUGUACGGCUUGACAAACCCGGACGACUUGAACUGCAGCCUGGACGCGCUCGCGAGCGGCGACCGGUCCCGGUGUAGCCUGUGCGUGCAGGCGUACCAGCGCUAUGACGUGCACGCUCUGGAGAAAUACGAGGAGUUCGAGAGCAUGACCGAGCGCUACGAGACGGACGCGUACUCGGUGCGAACGUGCAUGGAUGAGUGUAAGGUGGUGUACAAGCCGUGGCUCUGCGCUCAGUAUUUCCAGAGCAAUCAGUCCAGCUGUAGCCGCAAGAUCCCAUGUGAACAGUACUGUCUUGAGGUCCAGCAGAGGUGUCCCUUCAUAUUGCCUGACAAUGAUGACCUUAUACAUGGUGGCACUCCCAGUUUUAUAUGUACAGGACUUUUGGAGAAUGCAGACAACACCAAGCAUGAGCCACAGUGCUGUGAUGUGCGGUGGGAGCUAAAAUUUAAUGAAUGUUCGCACAGCACAUUCAAAAGGACUCAUCCCUCACGCCAGCAUACAUCUGCUACAACCUCGGGAGCUCCAAGGCUGAGUCAAGGCAGACUGAAGCUUUGCUUGCUAGUUCUGGUCCUCUUGCACACGGUAGCGACCAUGACAGCUGUCCAGAACUCCACCUGCCUAGCUGCCAUCUUCCCACUGGAGGACAAUGCCCCUAGAGAAGAGUGA